GCUAGUGGUUUAGCGCCGGCUCAGCAAUUAGACUGGUGCCCCAUAUAUAUACACCCAGCACCUGCGCCCUACACUAGCUGUGUGGAGUGGUACAAGGAGCAGUAGACGAAAACAAAAAGGGAGAAAACGAAAACAAAGAAAAAUAAAUAGGCAAAGGUUACCAGUCACAACCAUGUACAGGAACAACGCUGCCAAGCGCAACGCCAACCAGGAAAACAUUUGCUCCGUCCCACAACACUGCCCCGUUCUUCAAAAGCAACGAACCGUUUUGGGGGUGUUAAAUGAAAACGAGCAGCAGAAACGUUCACUCUGUCAGGUGCCGGCAAAACCCAAUGCAUUGACAGCGGACCAUGGCUCCAGCGCUGUUAAGAGCAGCACCGCUUUUACGGAGUGCCCGAUUACGUUUGUAUCGAACCCGAACUUCAGUGUUUACAUGGAGGAGGAAGUCCAGGAUGAGGUCGAAAUAUCAGAGUACAGCCUGACAUCCGAGUUGGAAACUAAACUGGGGGAGGUUGGGCACAUCUCUAAACCCUGGGGCGACUCUUUGUACCUGGAUCUCAGUGAAGCUUCACCAAUGGUCGUGGAUUCGUCGAUCCGCUCUCGUCGUUCUCACGACGAUUCCGGUGAUCGUGCUGAUUUUCUCGCUGCGGGAGAGUACGCAGAAGACAUUUAUCACUAUCUUCGAGAAGCCGAAGUAAGGUGUAGGCCAAAGUUUGCUUACAUGAGGAAGCAGCCUGACAUAACGGCCAGCAUGCGUUCUAUCCUUGUGGACUGGCUGGUGGAAGUCAGCGAGGAGUACAAUCUGCAAACUGAAACCCUGUACCUGGCAAUAAACUACCUGGACAGGUUCCUAUCCUGCAUGUCAGUGCUGAGAGGGAAGCUGCAGCUCGUUGGGAUAGCGGCCAUGCUGGUGGCGUCGAAAUAUGAGGAGAUCUAUCCCCCAGAGAUCGAUGAGUUUGUCUACAUCACAGACGACACCUACACAAAGAAGCAACUUCUGCGCAUGGAACACCUCCUCCUCAAGGUGUUGAGCUUUGAUGUGACCGUGCCCACUGUCAACCAGUUCCUGACACAGUUCCUGAAGGAGGAAGGCAUUGGUGGAGAAUUGGGAAGUUUGGCCAUGUAUAUCGCUGAACUGAGUUUACCAGAAGCAGAUGUGUGUCUCAAGUACAUGCCCUCUCUGACAGCAGCAGCUGCUUACUGCUUGGCAAACUAUACGCUCAAUAAAGCUUUUUGGCCAGAAUCUCUUGCUGCAUUCACUGGCUACUCUUUGCUUGAUAUUCUACCUUGUCUGAGUGACUUGCACAGAACAUUCCUUCAAGCAAGGUUUCACCCACAGCAAGCGAUUAAAGAAAAGUACAAGAGCUCAAAGUACCUUGGAAUUUCCCUCAUUGAACCCCCAGCAACUUUACCUCUAGAAUUUUCAAGUGCAAUUGAAGGAUGAAAAUGGAGCAUGGAAACUACCAAAGACUGAAAUAUUCAUGGCAACAUUAACACUUUAGACUGCUGCUGGACAACUUCCUGUGGCUCUCGGCUGCUCUUGGAUUGUGACUUGUAAAUUAUUUUAACGUGCAAUUUUAUCUACAGUAUUAAUUUUUAUUUAAGCACUCCAUGAAGUUAACUUAAUUUAACAUUUUCAGUGAAUGAAUUUUUCAUGGAUAGUAAUUUAAAUGCAAAUCAUUUCUAACAUUUUUAGCAGAAAUUACUUAGAUAAUAGAAAUGAAUGUAUAUUAGGCUCUGCUUUGGGACAACCAAUAAAGCGUUUUAAACUUG